ACAUGAACACUAUGUAGUCCACAGGCAUUGUCUUUGUUACUAUACGAGCGAGCUAACCUGACUGACAGAGUGAUACUGAGUCUCAGAAUAUUCACUUUAAUUAAAGAUGCAGAAAACGCUCCGCCAUUUCCUGGUUGCUAAAAAUCUAAUAGUUCUCCUAAUUUAAGUUAUGACAAAAGUACCAUAUAAACCGCUGUGAAAUAUAUUUUCUAUAACCAAACAUUUUUUCAGAUGUUUGUAGUUGGUGUACAAAUGUAAGACGAAAAAACGAAAUAUUAAGGACAGGAAGCAUAGAAAUAACGCACAUAGAGCAGAUCUACUUCUUAGUCUUGCUUUCAAUGAGAAUGACAGAACUAUAACUCAAUUUCUGUGAAUUUGGUCUUCACCCAAAAAGUUACAUAUUGCAGCUUUAAAAUGUAUGUCAAAUUCAAACCAAAUGAUUGCAAAGUUAAACAAACCGUACAACUCUCUGCACAAGGACUACUUCUAACAAUUUCCACAGAAAAUGUUACUAAAACACAUUUACUUGAACAUUGCAGAUCCAAUGUUUGGUAACAGAAUGAUGGCACAAACCAUCAUUCUGUUAGCUAAAUUUGUUUUCUGCAAAGAUUUGGUUUGAAUACCUGCGGUCAUGGGCAAGAUUUGACUAUAUUCUCCAGAAGUAUGGAGUUGAAAUCGUCCAAAGUGCACGGAGGUGAGGCCCAAUACCCUUUUAUGUUCUACAGGCAGCCUCUCAUUGGUCAUAGUUGUCUGUUGCCAUGGCAUUCUUUAGAAAAAUAGGACAUAUUUUUUUGUAAUGAUGCGAAUAAUGGGUUGUGAGCCUAAGCCCGUGACGUCGUGGUAAAGGAGGCUGCCAAAGACUGAGAAAGUUGUAUUUUCUGUGCAAACAUUGUAAAAUUAGUGUAGUAGAAUAUUACAUUGGUUAUGUCAUCCUGGCCUGGGGAAGACAGUGUAGUGCACACAGGCUGAAAGUCACACAUUCAUUUGCAUAAACAGAUUCCCACCACCAUCCAAUUCUCAGUGACCCAUAUUUAGUGUCACACACACACACACACACACAGAGAUGACAGACAGACUCUCACACACACACAGUCUAAAUCACACACAGAGACACAGCCACUGCAUGACUCAUACAUCAUUUCAUAGAGACAAAAUUUGUCAGAAAGCGAGGGGAGGAGAGGAGAGAGAGCAGCGCAAUUCUGUUGUGUAUAUGCAUGUGUAUGUGCGAAUCAACGAGCAAUUGAGAGAGAGAGAAACCAAUUUAGAAGCCUGUGGGUGGGGGCGAGAAGAGAGGUAGCAGCAGCAAACCAUUGUGUGUUAGAUUGAGAGAGAGGGAAGCGAGAGAUGGAGAUGGCUUAUUUUGUAAUAUGCUGUUCGUAGCAGCAGCACAGAGAGGGAGAGAGGUGAAAGAGGGAGACAUGCAACAGAAACAGGAUUCUCAAGGAGGCAAAUCCUCAAGCAUCUUGGGAAAGGCGCAUCCAGCUCUCAAGGCCUUCAUGUGUGGCUCCUUGAGCGGCACCUGUUCCACGCUGCUCUUCCAGCCUCUGGACCUGGUCAAGACGCGCCUGCAGACCCUGCAGAACAACAUGAAGCCUGGAGCUCCUAAAGUGGGGAUGAUGACGGUGCUUAUCCAGGUCAUUCGGACAGAGAGCUUCCUGGGCCUGUGGAAGGGAGUGUCACCGUCGUUUGUGCGCUGUAUACCAGGCGUAGGGAUCUACUUCUCUACUUUCUACUCACUGAAGCAGCACUACUUCCAGGAGGGCCGGGCCCCUAACGCUGGGGAGGCUGUGCUGCUGGGGGCCGGGGCCAGGGCCGUGGCUGGGGUUUGCAUGCUGCCUGUCACCGUCAUCAAGACACGCUUCGAGAGCGGACGGUACAACUACGUGAGCGUCCUGGGAGCUCUGAAGAGUGUGUGUGAGACGGAGGGGCCCAGGGCUCUGUUCUCCGGGCUGACGGCCACACUGCUCCGAGACGCCCCCUUCUCUGGCAUCUACGUCAUGUUCUACAGCCAGGCCAAGAGGUCCCUGCCACCGGAGGUGAGCUCGUCGCCCUAUGCCCCGUUGGGGAACUUUGGCUGUGGGGUGAUGGCUGGAGUCCUGGCCUCUGUGGUCACCCAGCCAGCCGACGUGGUCAAGACUCACAUCCAGGUCAGCCCCGCCCACUGGACCACUAAGGAUGCCAUUCGCUACAUCUAUACGGAGCAUGGUCUGAGGGGUUUCUUCCGUGGGGCUGUGCCACGCUCUCUGAGGAGGACUCUGAUGGCAGCCAUGGCCUGGACCGUCUACGAACAGCUGAUGGCCCGCAUGGGACUCAAGUCCUGAGGAGAGGAGACAGGGAGGAACUGAUAAUAGAAGAAUGACGUGGGGACUUGUUUUUAUACAAAGCAGCAGUUUGAAGGGGAUGAAAGUGAGGAGGAUGAGAAGGAAGGAGAGAGAGGAGGUGUAGGGACUGUUUAUCACUGCAACUAGCUUGGGAAAGAAAAAGAGGUGGGUGUCGGUGGCAUGGAAGAGUGAAAGGUGUGUGUGUGUUUUACAUGUUGAUGUUUAUGAGAGUGAUUGUGAAUGUUUGAUGUCUGUCCUUACAUUGUCAACCCUGACCUUAAAUGACAUCCCCUUCUGCUGAGAACUGAACUGAUCCCUCUGAGUGUGGAGACCAUAGAGAACUAUCUAUUUCUAUGGGGGAGACCAUAGGGAUCUAUUUAAUUACAUUUCUAUGGGGGAGACCCUCUCAGACUGGGGAGACCAUAGAGAAUGAUCUAGUUAUAUUUCUAUGGGGGAGACCCUCUCAGACUGGGGAGACCAUAGAGAAUGAUCUAGUUAUAUUUCUAUGGGGGAGACCCUCUCAGACUGGAGAGACCAUAGAGAAUUAUAUAAUUAUAUUUAUAUGGGGGAGACCCUCUCAGACUGGAGAGACCAUAGAGAAUUAUAUAAUUAUAUUUCUAUGGGGGAGACCCUCAGACUGGAGAGACCAUAGAGAAUUAUAUAAUUAUAUUUAUAUGGGGGAGACCCUCUCAGACUGGAGAGACCAUAGAGAAUUAUAUAAUUAUAUUUCUAUGGGGGAGACCCUCAGACUGGGGAGACCAUAGAGAAUGAUCUAAUUAUAUUUCUAUGGGGGAGACUCUCAGACUACGACCACUGUGGUUUAGCUCUGGAUACCACUCCAGUGACAGAGACUUUCGCCGACUGUCACCCACUUUCCUAUGACUAUGAAUGACUGUGACUAACAUCUAGGUGUCUCUAACACUCCCACUCCCAAGACGAAACAGCAGCUUUGAUUGAAUUACCUCAGCAAGAGGUUUUCUGCUGGCUAAAAGUGUAGUGGACUGGACAAAGCAACCCAGUGCCAUAACCAUGCCACAUAUUUACAAAUGACCGGCAGAAUACAUUAUAACAGCACAGUGAUUAUUGUGACCUGUCGACUGACUGAAGGAAAUACGAUAUUUAUUGACUGACUAAAAUAUUUCUUACUAGCUUGGACAAUCAAGACAAUAUUGCUGUGCAUUGUAGCAAAAGACUAGGCUGAUAUUUUCUAUACUGCAACUGCACAAUUAGCUACUAGCAACUUGGCAUUGGCAUACUUAGCCAUAUUAAAAUAGUGUACAGCAGGUGUUCUCUGUACCCAAUUCAACUUUGAUCUCAUUUCUAGUGCAUUCCAUUCUGGUUGCAGUGUUGUAGACCAGAUGUGCUUUAUCUAACCAGUAAUGAUAGUCAAUCCCAGAGCCAUAGAUGGAUAAUUGGCUCUUGUCAAUGCCAUUGGAACCCAGACAAUGCAACUCUUUGGGGCUGUGGCAUUAUGAGACAAUAGUCAACAUCGCUAUCAUGAACAUGCAGCUUCAGCAUCACUGUAUUACAUGGGCUGGAUUGAGUAGUCACGAAAAGAAAGCAAAACGGAGGGACUAGCUGAUCUUGUCCUAUAUGAAAUGUAAAAUGUUUUUGUUUUUCAAUGCAAAACAUUUUGCUACGGUGUGCACUAAUGUACACUACCCAGCUAAAUAUAGGAAUCCAUAUCAGUGAUGCACAGCCAUGGUCCUGGAUGGUCUCUGUUAUUAGUUUUGUAAAUAAAUAGGCCUAUGUAUUCAGUAUUUUGAGUAGUUCAUUUUUGGAAGCCCAUACACGUGUAUAUUUUUUUAACACACAGUGUUCAGUGUGCCAUGUCAUGGGUAUUAUUUUUGAACAUUUUUAAAGAGAUGUGUUAUAUUGAAAAGUAUUGUUACAGAUUCAAAAUAUACACUAAGUGAGCGCUACUCAGUAUUAGGAGGGUGUUCUUAAUGUUUGGAAUACUCAGUCUAUAGAGCCUGAAGCUUCGAGGACCAGAGAUGGCUGAGAGAAACUGAUUUAAAUCCAAUACCAUCACUACAAUCACUGUUUGCCAACUGUUUUUGCUUUUUACACACACAAAUGAAAAUGACAUAACAUAGCUUCAAUAUACACUCAGUGGCCAGUUUAUUAGGUACAUCCAUCUAGUACCGGGUCGGACCCCCUUUGCUUCCAGAACUGACUGAAUUCUUUGGGGCGUGGAAACAUUGCUCAAUUGCUAUCAAGGGACCUAACGUGCGCCAGGAAAACUUUACCCACACCAUGACACCACCGCCACCAGCCUGGAUGGGGAAAUGGACUCAUGCUGUUUAUGCCAAAUCCUGACUCAGGAACAGGAACCUGGAUUCGUCGGACAAGGCAAUGUUUUUCCACUCCUCAGUUGUCCAGUGUUGGAGAGCACGUGUCCACUGGAACCGCUUGUUUAUAACUGAUAGGAGUGGACGCCGGUGUGGUUGUCUGUUGCAAUAGCCCAUCCUAGACUAGGCUAGAUGAUUUGUGCAUUUCGAAAUGCCGUUCCCCGACAUUAUUUGCCUGUUUGUGGCCUUCCCGUUAGCUUGCACGAUUCUUGCCAUUCUCCUUCGACCUUUCAUUAACAAGCUGUUUUCACCCACAGGACGGCCGCUUACUGGAUGUUUUUCGUUUGUCGCACCAUUCUCUGUAAACCCUAGACACUGUCGUGAGCGAAAAGACCAGGAGGCCGACCGUUUCCGAGAUACUGGAACCGGCGCGCCUGGCACCAGCGUUCAUACCACGCUCAAAGUCGCAUAGGUUACUCGUUUUUCUCAUUCUAACGUUCAAUCGACUGGUAACUAAAUGCCUCGAUGCCUGUCUGCCUGCUUUUUAUAGCAAGCCACGGCCACGUGACUCACUGUCUGUAGGAGCGAACCAUUUUCGUGAACGGGGUGUACCUAAUAAACUGGGCGCUGAGUAGUUUGAGUCAUUGAGAGGGGAUCACUGAGUUAACCCUAGCUCAAUGCCAGUCAGUGAAUGCACUUUAGAAUUCAAUGCAUAUUCAUUUAUUCAUUCAAGCCCCUUAGCGGCAGGUAAAAGGACUGGGGUGAUUGACGUUUCUUGAGAAUUGGUAGCUCUUCAGCCCUUGUCUGUGUGUUUGUGUUGUCGUAACACAGUAACAACUCUUAACACCAAAUUGUUCUGUGCCGUAACAUUUUUGCCUUGGCGAUUAUCAUCGCUAUCACUAUUGUCCUUGAUAUUGUGACUUUACACUGUAUAUUGUCUGUUAUUAUUGUCAAUAUUUUGUCUGUGCAUGUGAGUUUGCUCAGACCGAUGCUGUGCCUGUUUUGUUUUUAAGUGAAUAAAAUUCCCCCCAUUUUUGUACAA